UGUGUGUGUGUGUGUGUUGUUUUUGUUGCAAAGCUGCCGAGGAAUGUGCGACUGGUGGACAGAUGUGUGUGUAACAUCUGGCUGCUGGACCUUUAAUGCAGCUGCGGCUCCUCAUUCAGAUGCUGAGUGGAGCCGCGGGUGACCGGAGGAGGGAGGUUUUCCUGGAAAAACCUGACGACUCUUCAGAUCAAUUGGCAUUUGGAGCACAGCGCCGGGCAUGUAGGCAGACGCUGCGAAGGAGCCGGGAGGAGAAGCGCACCGAGCGGAUUGCGGCAGAGCGAGUGUCCCGGUGAUGGGAGCGCAGCAGCAGCAGCAGCACAAACACUUUGUAUGAAAUGCGUCAGCGCGAUCUGGAUUUACACGUUUAAAGCUCCUGGCUCCCAGACCGACGGCUUCUUCAGGUAUCCACAUGCGCGGACCGGUGUCGCCGCCGCUUUGAGCUCUCAGGCUACCGGGGUCGCAGAGUACAGAGCGAAGCGGAUGUCGACCAGCAGCUCGGAGGACGCGGCGGCGGCGGCGGUGCGCCGCUGCCACGGCGGAUCCGCGGCCAACAACGGCACGUGCGCCGAGCAGCUCAGCCUCCUCCCGCCUUUCUCCUCCGCCCUCGCGCUCCUGGUGCUGGUGGCCGUGCUCGUGGGGAUCGUCCUGGUCUCCAUGGCAACCUUCCACCUACACAAGCGGAAGCUCCGGAACCGGAAGAUCCAGCGCGCGCAGGAGGAAUACGAGCGCGACAGUCGCAGCCCAGCGCGCGCGGCGGAGCCCGCGAGGCCGUGCGUCAUCGUCCGGCCCGUCCGAAGCGAGGAAGCGGAGGAGGAGGAGGAGGAGGUGAAGGGCUCGAGCCAGCCGGAUGGCGGGAAAGCGGCGGACGCUCCUCUGGACUGUUGACUUCCGGGACUGUGGAUGAACGUGGAACAGCAAUAAGGCACAAGUAACCCCCGCAACCGUCCGUGUAGCGUUCAUAUUCAGUUUGGAGCCAACACUGGCGGCUACAAGAGAAGUCACUUUUGAACCCACAAAAAGUCCCAUCAUUUGUCCUCACAGCACCUCGUCCAGGUCAAUCGUAGGGUCAAAAAGUUCAGACUUUCCAGAACCAAAAGUAUGUUCAAAUUUUGAGUAUGAAAACCAUCAACGUCCUCAAAACGCUGAGACGCAACUCAUUUAGACACAGCAGCUCCAAGAAUGGACCUUGGGUUUUAAUAGCUUGUCAAAAAUGGAUGGAAAGUGGAACCUCGUCUUUGGCCUCCAUUAAACAGGGGCGUCCAAACCGCCGGGUGUCACGCGUGAAACCUCUUUGGUUAAACUGUGUGCGCCUGAUCGGUGGGAACAAAAAAGCUGCACCGCCGUGGCUCCUCGACCCCCACGGUUUGGUCGCCCCCACGACAAACUAGCUACCCUUCAACUUCUACUGCCAACUCAUCAUGAUCAUGACAUAAUGACCUGACGGGCUUAAACUGGCGCUGAGUAAUACCUCCCAAUAUUUUGCUAUGUAAAAUACGUCUUGGAAGCUAGCCUCUGAAAAGAGUGGAAUUUUACCUGUAAACAGAGUUCGUACCAUGAACCGAGUGGACGCUGUAUUAAGUGCAUGAAACGCUCCGCUCUCAGUGUUUGUUGCAUCUGCGAAAUGCUAAAGGCUAACAAUGACCGUGUCGUCCUAACCUUAAGUUGAUAAAUUGGUGAAUUGAAAUGAUACUUUUACCUUAUUCUACUAUAAAUAGCUCAAUAUUCUUGUUGAUAUUUAUGUGUAAAUGGUCAAAUAAUUUGUGUAUUUGGACUGCAGUCUGUCGGAAAGUUUGAAAUCAAAGACAAUGUUACUAAGAGCCUGGAUGUAAACAACUAGUAGAAUCCAACAUGAAUAACCAGAUUAUGAUUCAGCACAGAUGUGAAUUCACGCACCUUUCAUGUGGACUUUCAAGCAUCUGCUUGUGGUGGUUGGUUGCAGCCUAACUGCUCCACCAGUGAGGUGAGCUGCUUCAUCACGCUCACCAGCCUCCCCUCAUUCCCCCAUGUUCCCCAAACUCUUCUGGGUGAGGUAACCAGCCGAUUCCUCAAGCUUUUAGUUCCCUUGUACCAUAAAUGUUUGACAACGUUUGACUCUUCGCUGAAUAUGAAAGCGACAAACGCUACACAGAUUUCAUUCUCUGCUGCUUGUAGACUAGAACGAUUUUAAAAAAUGCAAAAUACUGAGCAGAAUCUAGAGACAGAGGCUCAUAGGCUAGUGGCCACUGGAUGGUAGAAGUGGUUUUAUGGAACUGUUUAAAGUGUUUGCCUGCUUGACUCUUGGACCUCUUCCGCUCCCCCCUCAGCCUUGUUUAAACUGGGAAGGUGUUUAAACUUUAACUCCUCCCUGGGAUGUGACACAUGAGGUUGUGUUGAAUUAUUUAGACCUGGUGACACAACACGGAACGUAAUGGCUUCGCUGAUCUUCCUUGGCAUGUCCUCUGACACACUAGUACCUAGUUAGACUAUAAUGGAUGUCGUGGUGCUGUUAGGCAGUGCAAUGCUGCAUUUAGGCUAUAGACAAAUGACCUAUUUGUUUGCGUAGUAUUUCAACUUGAAUUAAGUGACUUAUACUCUGUCCUCCAAUGUCAGUUAGACAUCUGUAGGUAGCGCUAGUUAGCAGGAUGCUGUCGUUAUUAUGCACAUAAGACCUUGGUUCCCUUCAUGUGUCAGAUCGUUGGUUCUAGCGCAGAUAUAGUAUUUUCAUUUGACGUAUUUUCUGACAUGUAAUAAAUGGAGAGUUCUUCCAACCGUGAAUUUAUUUCCGCCAGUAUUUUGUUUGGUAUCAUGGUAAGGCUAUAAUACAAAUCCAGUGUCAUAUAUUCUACGGAUCUGCUGUAAAUGUACGGCAUCAUGAGAGCAGGAAUGUCUUGCGGUAACAUAUUUCUCAAGUCCAUGUAACCUGCCUUAUCAAAGGAAAAUGUGUGAUAAAGAAAGUUUAUAAAUAAAUAUGUAAAGUUCACAUUUGA